UUUCCUUUGGCCGCUCGGCCCAAGGUGCCUGCGGAGCUCGCGCGGGCGCGGGUCGGGGGGCGCCAUGAUGGUGGGCAGGACCAGCGCCAUCGCCGCGGGGCUCUGCGGGGCGCUCUUCAUCGGCUACUGCAUCUACUUCGACCGCAAGAGGCGAAGCGACCCCAAUUUCAAGAACCGGCUGCGGGAGCGAAGGAAGAAACAGAAGCUUGCCAAAGAGAGAGCAGGGCUUUCCAAGUUGCCUGAUCUGAAAGAUGCUGAUGCGGUUCAGAAGUUUUUCCUUGAGGAGAUUCAACUUGGCGAGGAACUGCUAGCUCAAGGUGAAUAUGAAAAAGGUGUUGAUCACUUGACCAAUGCCAUUGCUGUGUGUGGACAGCCCCAGCAGCUACUACAAGUUCUACAGCAGACUCUUCCACCACCAGUGUUUCAAAUGCUUCUAACUAAGCUCCCUACAAUAAGCCAGAGAAUUGUAAGUGCACAGUGCUUGGCUGAAGAUGAUGUUGAAUGAGGUCACACCACAACGGGGGGAAAAAAAGUUUUCUUACCCCAGAAGAUGAGCAUCAGUAGGGGGAUAAAGGGGCAAACAUAGUAGUUAAUGGACUGUGUACCACAUCGGGUUCUACCAGAGUUAAAAUUAACUUUGUGUAGGUGGGUUUCGCAGGAUUUUAUUUAUUAUCCCAGUGAAAAGUGUAUUUUGAUAAGAAUUCAUUUUAUAAAUACACUGUGUUGAGUUAUCAAAGUAUCACUUCAUUAUUAUUAAAAUACACACUUGUAAUGUUGUACAUAUAAGGCAUAAAACUACGACCUAUUGAAAACCCAAUGCUCAUUUUUGAAAAAAACAAAGUUAUGGCAAUAAAGAUUUAUCUGCACUUGUGUGUCCCUAUAGUACUACUUUAAAUUUCAGAAUAUUUGAGUGUCAGAGCAAAUGAUCUAAAAAUUGCAACAUUAAAAUUUAUUUUUAAUGUUAUGGCUGGUCUUCCAAUGCUUUUAAUUAAGCUUAAAACCUUGUGUCAUUUCCUGAAAAAAUAAACAUAUGAUCAUUAAACAGUAACAGAUCACCUUAGAAAGACAAGCAAAUCACAAUGGUAAUAGAUGCUGGCUGCAGAAAGAGUGACAAAUCCAUUUCUGUCAGGAACAAUAACAUGUAAAAUGAUGCAAGUCAAAACUAUCUGGCAAACAUGAAAGCUCUGUUAAUGCAGGUGUCUGAAACAAAGCUGUUUGGAAUAGAACCUGGGGCAGGUUGUAAGAGCACAAAGGUGGUUUUUUGAAAGCUUGAAACUUUUUUGCAAGAUGUACAGUUAACACUUCAGUCUCUAGUCUUCAAGACCGUAGAAAAUGGUUCUUAAUAUUCUUUUUAAGGCAUUUGCCUUAAGAAAAAAAUUACACUGAUAAGGUAAGACAAUGAUAUCCCUGGGGUAAAUAGUUAAAGCUAAUGGAAUUGGAUGUUGUAAAAUUUUGGUGUGGUGUGGUGAAUUUUCCUCUGCUAGUGCAAAGGAGGCAAAUAAUAUACAGACUCAAGUGAGUAGCAGAAGUGGACUUGUGAAAGCAAGUUUUUCAUGGAUAGGAUCUUCUAAAUGUCAAAACAGAUUGGCUUUUGCUGUUUUCUGGGUUUGAGCUAUCAGCACUCAGGUGGCAGAAGAAACAAUUAAAAAUGUAGCUUUAUCUUUUUGGCAUGGUGACUGAUUUUCAGCUUGAGGAGAAUGCUUUGAAGUGUCAAUUUUCAGACCGGCUGACAGUUUGUACUAAUGAUGCUGAUAAAUUAAUGAGUAAGGUACAAGGUGGCAUAGUCUAAGUAGAAGUGAGGUACUUUGAGAGCACUCUAGCCAACAUUCUCAUCUGUCUCUAUCUCAUUUCAGCCUGGUGUAAGUUUCUGUAAAGGCAGAUUCUCCUCAACAGUUCAGAAAUUGCCUCAUACAGGAUUUUUCAGAGGUUAAGUGGAUAGCUGAUUGUGACCUAGCAGUCAAAUACCUGAGUUUCGGAGUAGAAAUGUUUCUUACUGAGUCAGUCUGCUUAGAUAAUUUGCCAUGGAAGAGUAGUUUCCCUUAACCCCUUGAAAACACGAUUUCCAAAGAUUUGAGGUGCUAUCGAAUCGUUCUGUAAUGCGACAAAUACUGAAGUUAAUGGCUGGUGUGAACAAAAAUUUCUUGAACAGCUGGCUGUAGUUUAGUCGUUGUCCUUGAAUUGUUCAGGUAGCAUAAGGUAAAAGUAAAACUUAAUAGCCAUAUUCUUCAGGUGACAAUGGAUGAGGUGCUCUUUUAAUUUAUUUUAGAGGGACAAAGUUAUUUUGCACUUACUGUGAAAUUGCAGAAGAUUAUGUUUUUAAUGAGGCUUUUUGGAGGAGUUUUUCUUUUCUAACCCUUAUAAGUAAAAAGUAGGAAUUCAUAGGUUAUGUUGACAGAACUGUUAGCAUAUUUACCUGCUGUCCUUGCUGGUGGUGGUCACUUCAGUAUAUCUUUUUAGUUCAGCUUUUAACAUUGUCUUAAGGUAGAUCAAACUCUUCCAUCCUGCCUUGAAAAACAAACCCAAACAGCAUAAGACAAAAGUAGCACCCUUCCUUCAAACCUGAACAAAUUUCUACGCUCUUUGGUGUAAUGAUGGCAAUUUGAAUUCACCUUUUAGCUUACAACAAAUCUCUUCUGAACUAAGUGUUUUUUAGCAAGCCUGGGUGUCAAUUCUGAUCUUGAUGGAAGGCUUGGUGAUACCCUGAUUAUGUCUAUAAAUGUUAUUUGUUUUAAUAAGCAUCACAGACACACAUAUUGCCCUAACCCUUUUUAGUUUUCUUGAUCCUGCAAAGUCAGAUACAAACAAAAUUUUAGAUAGCAUAGGUUUAAAUGUAGCCUUAAAUGAAAAUUUAUUCUCCUACUUGAAAACCCAGAAGUACCUGGUUAGUAUGCCAGAGCAAGCUCUGAUACCUGUUUUGUGUGCCUUGGCUAAUAGAGUUGGAAUGAUAAAUCCUUUUAAUAAGACUUGAAUUUUUUUUUUCUCUCCAAAUCUCCCAGUGAAGCUAAUACCUUACAAACUGAAGACUUGGAAGAUGUUGUCUAGAAUGGGAAUUUGCUGUUGCUCCAACAGUGGCAGGCUGGCAGUGGUGUAGCUAGCAUGCACAGCCCACAGGUGUUUCAGACACAAGCAAAGUACGGGUCAUGAGAAGGGUGGUGGUAGUGAUUGAUGGUACUGCAUCAGCAGCAGUAAUGCCAUUACCUUAGCUCUGUGUAGUACUGUAUUUCUUUUCACCUGUGCAAAUUAAGAAGACGUGAAAGUGAGCCGUUCCAGUUGUGUAUUUGCUGCUACUGAGCUCACAGCUGCUGGUGAAUAAGAUCUAUAAUCUUAUUUUACUGCAGGUUAAACUACUAAUCUUUCUCCCAGAAAGAGCCAUCUUCUUUUCUGUGGUUCUCCAAGAAUAAGGCACUUGUUUUCAGCACUAAAAGGAUUUCCCAUAAAGAAUAUGAGAGGUCUGUUAGUUUUAUGCUGGGAAGUCUUCUGUCAUUGGUUAUGAGCUUCUCAGGCAGCUUUUAUAGAAAAAACACCCAGCUAGUUUCAUUAUCAUGCAGGACUACCUUUGAUGUUUCACCAUUAAGCUUUCUAGAUAAUGGAAUCAAAUCCAAAACCAGAAUGAUCAGGCACACACUGAAUCAUCUGGCAUUAAUUUCCUUUUCCUGGGGGCUGACAGAAUAUUAUUGUUGCCCUUAACUUGAAAAACGGAGAAGUCCCAGGCCUGCUGUGUAGGAGGCCAGCCAGCCAUCAUCAAAGUAAAGCUCUAGCUAUUUAUGCACUGAGAAGAAUCUCUAAAAUUUCAUUUGUACAUCUGUUGAUGGUGUGUUUAAAGUCCCCUAGGCUGAACAGUGGCCCUACAUGACUGUUGUGUUACAGUUAACAUGAGUUAAACAUCAAGGGAAGCUUUGAAGUGGUCACUAAGUGCUUUCAGUGAUGGUUUCAAAGGCAUGUUGUAUAGUACACCCAUGCUUCUGUGUAUUUAAAUGUAUGGAUAUGAAAAGGGCUGUUGUGGAAAAAAAAAAGUAUUCUUCAAGGCUUCUGUUGUACCCAAGUUUUGGUUUGGUUUUUAGUUUGUGUGUUUCCACUGACCAGCAUAGCUUACAGUGUUCUUUAUGCACUGACCAAAAGCCUGUUGCAAAGAGCUGAAACUUGUGCUUAAUUCAUGAGGACUGGGCUAGCUUUUGUUGGAGGCACUCCAGAAAUUGAACUGGUGUGGGUAUCUAUACUUGUUUUCUGCAUUUGUACCAAACUAGAACUUCCCAAAGAAGAUGUGGAUAUCUGAUGCUGUUCUCAGACGGCAGAAUUUGCCACAUCCAUGUAUGAAUGUGUGAGUGAAGCCAUAGAAAACAGCUGGCCCUUCUGUGAUGUUUCUGUACCAAAGUGUCCAGCAUACUGGCAGUAGAUAAUGGGCAGCUUUUUCAAAAUAUAGUGAUUUCCAUGUGUUCGUGAAAAAAAACCCAGGUUCUCUCUUCUUUCCUUGCAGCAGGGGCUAGUUUUACAGAAUAUUUACUCGAUAUCUUUUGAUGAGCUUGCUACCCUGUUUUCUGAUCAUCGCUGCAACUUAGUAAUCCUUAAGUCAUAAAGGCCUCUGUGCUAUAAGCUUUUGAUUCCAGGCGUACGGUUUCUGUUCCUGUUGUGUAAAGCUCAGGCCUUGAUUUAACAUGUCCUGCAUGUAUGUCCUGCAGCACUCACCCGCAAUUACAUCAUUUCCCUUGCACCCUGAGGAUGUUCUCAACUCAUCUUUGGGGUGAGAAGAUGUCUGGUGAUGCUCACCCAUCGUGGGAGAGUUGCUUAACAGAGUGUUGCAACUGGUACAAUGUUGCUUCAACCUACAGAUCUGUCGGGAUGGUCCAUGCUGCAAGACAGUUGUGAAUGGUGUUCAUGUAUGAAAUUCCUAGUGUGCAUGGAGGCAGAAAACAGAUGAAGUCAGAUAGUUUUGCCUCUUUGCAUCUUGGACCCUUGUAGCUCAAAACUGAUUUGGCCAUGCAUCAUUUGUCUGCACAGGUCUUAAUCUAAACAGCAGAGGGCAGUUUUGCACACACAUUUUGUGCAAGCUCAUCCUACAAAAUCCUGAUUUUUAGGAUCUUCGUGUCUUGUGAGGUGAUGCAAUGCAGCAUUUUGUUGAGACAGAUUUGGUACAGUGUAUAAGACAGGCUCAGUGGGGCAGCAGUGGCAAGUGUUUCUACUGAUAAUACCUAAAUUUGGCUUUUUAAAUCCUGUGUGUCUGACUUGUUGAGAUGACGUGAUUAGAAGGAUUUCCCUUUUUCUCUCCAUCCCUCUACACAAACUAGGUAUAUAGAUAAGCCAGCUGCAUUGUACAGCUUCAACUCUGCAACAAAAUACAACUGAAUCCCAUUCCCAGGCAUGCAAGAGAAGAGUUUUCCCCUGCCCAGCUGCAUGAGCUUUGCUAGCUGGAGUGAAAGAAGUGUGCCUGUUAACUGAAGUAGGGGUGGAAGUGAUGACACAUGUAAGGAGAGCCAACUAAAAAAAUGAGGGGGCAAGAUGUUAUAGGUUCGUGACAGGAUGCAUUUUCAAUGCUGGUUGAAUUUCAAAUAAGGUGGCAAAAUCUACUUACCCUGUUGCGAUCCUGUAGCUGACAUGAAGGGAGCUGAUAGGGUCUCCCUCAUGCCUUGGAGACAGAUAUUUGUAUUGUAGUGACAUCCUGGCUCAAAACUGAAUCUUAACUACUUGUACACCUCAGAAGUGAUUUUUCUCUGCUUCCUGGUCUGUGUUUGCAGAGGGAAAGUGUAUGUUUAUGCCAUACAAGUAAAUGGAAAUUUUCCACCCUUGUAACUGUUAGUCAACAUUUUUCCAAGCAUUCAGCUUGUUCGUUAGAAAUUCUUCAAAGUCUGCUUAAAACAUGACAAGUAUCUAGAGAGAGCUGUUUACUAAAAGAUACUGUCUCAGCAAACCAUGCUUCUCCUCCUUCCUUAGGUCACUGUCUAUGUUACACUCUGUAACAUAGCCUGGAAGAUACAGAAUUUUGCUGUAAGAAAACAAUAUUUGCCUGUUUUGGCGUGUAUGUAAAAGAGCAUUUCCUGGAGUUCUGAAACAACCUGGUUAGCAUCUCUUGUUGUAUUUAAUAUUAUUUAAUGAGAAAGAAUGUACAUUCAGUUUUGAUGAUUAAAAUUACAAUGAUUAUUGCA